CUCCAGGGCUGGGUUUCGCGGGGCGGCUUUGUUCUCCGUCUGCUUUAUCCCAUGUUUUCCCGAGAAGGCUCUGAGGGGCCUUAUGGGUUCAGUAUUUAUAGCCGUUUUCCCAAAGAAAGAGUAUCUUACCCGCUUCUCCUGCAAGGAAGGAUUCAAUUUGUAAUCGGCGUGAUACCCGACCGCUCACGCUAGCUUUACCCAAGCCCCGCCCCUCGGCCAAACUUUCCAAAGGGGGCGGUCCUUCUGAAGAAAGGAAAGUGAAAUUGAACCGGAGCCAUUUCGCAGCCCAGCUCCCGACCCAGGCCUGUCCCGAUUCCAGAGGCGCCCCUUGUGUCUGGGAGGCCGACGGCCCGCGCUGGGGAGGGUCGCGCGCUCUGCGAGGGUCGCGCUGCCGGCGAUUGGACGCCCGGACAUGCCUGGGGCGCGCCAUGGACCCGAGGCAGGGGUGUUCCCUCAACAAAUAUCACCCCCAUCCAGUUCAAGGCUAUGAGCACAGCAAUCUCAGACACCAGCAGCUGGGGCUGGGAUCUCAUCCUAAUAGUUUCCAGCUCCAGCAAAUAGAGUUUCUCAAGGGGCGGCUCACAGAAGUACCCUUAAUUGGAAAGCAGACACCGUCACUGCCACCGUUCUUCCCUGGACUCCAGCCAGGGUUUCCAGGACCACCUGCCAGAGGCAGGCAACAAGAGAUCUGGGGUGUCCCCAGGGGCGUGCCUCUCAGAAGUCAGGUGCUCCCGAGAAGUUUCCAGCAUCCUUCCCCACGUGGCUGGGUUCGUCCAUGGAGAGGCGUUGAUAGGCUCUCCUCACAUUUCCAGGAACUGACUAUCAGCCACGAACAAAGGAUCUUGGGGCUCUUGGAGGAGCUUGGGGAAGGGAAGGUCACCACAGCGCAUGAUCUGGCUCGGAAGCUCCGGGUCCCAAAGAAGGAAAUCAAUCACAUCUUAUACUCUCUGGCAGAAAAGGGUAAGCUGCAUCGGGAGGCAGGAACACCACCUCUGUGGAGAAUUGCAGUCCCAGAUCAGGCUUGGAACCAGCCCAGGCAAGUAUCAAGAGCAGACAGUCAUAGCCAGAGAGUUCCAAGCGCAGACCCCCGUUGGGAAACUGGGGACAGAAGCCCCACAUCUGGUUUAGAAAAUCCUCCUGAGCCUCUCGACAUGGCUGAGAUCAAGGAAAAGAUCUGCGACUACCUGUUUAACGUGUCCAACUCCUCUGCCCUGAAUUUGGCUAAAAACAUUGGCUUCACCAAGGCCCGAGAUGUGAAUGCCGUGCUGAUUGACUUGGAGAGGCAGGGAGAUGUCUACAGGCAAGGGACGACCCCUCCCAUAUGGUAUUUGACUGACAAGAAGCGGGAGAGGAUACAAAUCAAGAGAAACAUGAACAGUGUUCCCGAAACCACUCAAGCUGCUAUCCCGGAGACCAGAAAAGUCACAGAGCCCCCCACCUGCCACUCAGCCGUGUCAGACACCUCAAACAGCACGGUCACCACAGAGAAAGUGGAGAAUGGGCAGGAACCUGUUGUAAAGUUAGAGCCUAAGCAAGAAGUCACACCAGAACCAAUAAAACUGAAACCACCUGCUCAUGACAACGGCCCCCCAAGAGCAGGGUAUGCUGACUUUGAAAAUGGCCAGUGGGCCACAGAUGACAUCCCUGAUGACUUGAACAGUAUCCACGCAGCACCAGGUGAGUUUCGAGCCAUCAUGGAGAUGCCCUCCUUCUACAGUCAUGGCCUGCCGCGGUGUUCACCCUACAAGAAACUGACCGAGUGCCAGCUGAAGAACCCCAUCAGCGGGCUGUUAGAAUACGCUCAGUUCGCUAGUCAGACCUGUGAGUUCAACCUGAUAGAGCAGAGCGGACCACCCCAUGAACCUCGAUUUAAAUUCCAAGUUGUCAUCAGUGGCCGAGAGUUUCCCCCAGCUGAAGCUGGCAGCAAGAAAGUGGCCAAGCAAGAUGCAGCUAUGAAAGCCAUGACAAUUCUGCUUGAGGAAGCGAAAGCCAAGGACAGUGGAAGAUCAGAAGAAUCCUACUACUCCUCCUCGGAGAAAGAGUCAGAGAAGACUGCAGAGUCCCAGACUACCACCCCUUCAGCAACAUCCUUCCUUUCUGGGAAGAACCCCGUCACCACACUGCUUGAGUGUGUGCACAAGCUGGGGAGCUCCUGUGAAUUCCGCCUCCUAUCCAGAGAAGGCCCUGCCCAUGACCCCAAGUUCCAGUACUGUGUUGCAAUGGGAACCCAUACUUUCCCCACUGCGAGUGCCCCCAGCAAGAAAGCGGCAAAGCAGAUGGCUGCAGAGGAGGCCAUGAAGGCCCUGCACGGGGAGGCAACCAACUCGACAUCUUCUGAUGACCAGCCCGGAAGCACAAACACGGAAUCAUUUGAUAACCUGGAAUCUGUGAUGCCCAACAAGGUCCGGAGGAUUGGCGAGCUCGUCAGAUACCUGAACACCAACCCCGUGGGCGGCCUGUUGGAGUACGCCCGCUCCCACGGCUUCGCGGCCGAGUUCAAGCUGGUUGACCAGUCUGGGCCUCCUCAUGAGCCCAAGUUCGUUUACCAAGCGAAAGUUGGGGGGCGCUGGUUCCCAGCCGUCUGCGCGCACAGCAAGAAACAAGGCAAGCAGGAAGCGGCAGAUGCGGCUCUGCGCGUCUUGAUCGGGGAGAACGAGAAGGCAGAGCGCAUGGGUUUCACAGAGCUUCCUCUCACGGGCAGCACCUUCCACGACCAGAUAGCCAUGCUGAGCCACCGGUGCUUCAACGCCCUCACCAACAGUUUCCAGCCCUCCUUGCUUGGCCGCAAGAUCCUGGCUGCCAUCAUCAUGAAGAAAGACUCUGACGACCUGGGUGUUGUGGUCAGCCUGGGGACAGGGAAUCGCUGUGUGAAAGGAGAUUCUCUGAGCCUAAAGGGAGAAACCGUCAACGACUGCCACGCAGAGAUCAUCUCCCGGAGAGGCUUCAUCAGGUUUCUCUACAGCGAGUUAAUGAAAUACAACCCCCAGACCGCAAAGGACAGUAUAUUCGAGCCUGCUAAGGGAGGAGAAAAGCUCCAAAUACAGAUGCCCCUGUUUUGCAGCACGGCCCCGUGUGGGGAUGGCGCCCUCUUUGACAAGUCCUGCAGUGACCGCGCUGUGGAGAGCACAGACUCCCGCCACUACCCUGUCUUUGAGAAUCCCAAGCAGGGCAAGCUCCGCACCAAAGUGGAGAACGGAGAAGGCACGAUCCCAGUGGAGUCCAGUGACAUCGUGCCUACGUGGGACGGCAUUCGCCUCGGGGAGAGACUCCGAACCAUGUCCUGUAGUGACAAAAUCCUACGCUGGAACGUGCUGGGCCUGCAGGGGGCGCUGUUGACCCACUUCCUGCAGCCUGUGUAUCUCAAAUCAGUCACGCUGGGUUACCUUUUCAGCCAAGGGCAUCUGACCCGGGCCAUUUGCUGUCGUGUGACAAGAGAUGGGAGUGCAUUUGAGGAUGGACUACGACACCCCUUUAUCGUCAACCACCCCAAGGUUGGCCGAGUCAGCGUAUAUGAUUCCAAGAGGCAGUCCGGGAAGACCAAGGAGACAAGCGUCAACUGGUGUUUGGCCGACGGCUAUGACCUGGAGAUCCUGGAUGGGACCAGAGGCACCGUGGAUGGGCCACGGAAUGAAUUGUCCCGGGUCUCCAAAAAGAACAUUUUUCUUCUAUUUAAGAAGCUCUGCUCCUUCCGGUACCGCAGGGAUCUACUUAGACUCUCCUAUGGUGAGGCCAAGAAAGCUGCCCGUGACUACGAGACAGCGAAGAACUACUACAAAAAAAGUCUGAAGGACAUGGGCUAUGGGAACUGGAUAAGCAAACCCCAGGAGGAAAAGAAUUUCUAUCUCUGCCCAGUGUAGUGUGAGCCGGUGACUGGCGGGUCGAGGUGUUUCACACUGGGAUGAGACAGAGAGGUCAUUGCAUCUUCAUCACCUAGCUCAG